CCAAGCGUUCAGGCUAAAGCAAAUCAUGAAAUGAAGAAAAACAUAAAUACGAUGCAAAGAAAAAAGAAAUCAAAUCGUUGCGCAGACGCUUCAAGUCAGUUGAUAGUUGGAGCUGGUCACGCUCGGACCGUACGCAAAAGCAGCUCUGCCCACUCUGCUUACACUGCCAACUCCGCCUACUACGCCCACUGCGCCCUGGCCUGCGAUUCCGGAUUUUAUUUUCGCGCUUUUACUUUCAUUUCGUAAGCGCCGCGUUUCAUAAUCUCUCACGCAAUGCUCAAGAUUUCGCUGCUGUUGCUGCUGGCCGUGCAGCUGGCGCUGGGCCUGCCCCUGGCGCCUGCCACGCCGGACGGUGCCACGCCCAUCGAUGCACAAGUCUCGGCCGCAGAUUUCGGUGCACUCGAUGCGUUUGCAGAAGAUGCGGCCGACAGUUCAGAGAGCUCGGCCGCCAGCGAGGCGGGCUUCAAGAUCUCGCUGCUGCCCGAGCCUGCCAAGACAGCGGAGUCUGUGAAUCUGGAGCGCGAGGCUCUGCCCUCCAAAGUGCUCAGCGCCUACGACAAUACACAGCAGAAGCUGACUGAUCUCACGCAUCCUGUGCCCAUUUUGGACAGCAUCAGCGAGCAUGAGAAGUAUGGCAACAAUGGUGACAAGUUCGACAACAUAUCGCGCUCAAUUGUCAAUGGCUAUGAGGCCUUCUCCAAUUUUCUCAACAGUUUCAUACAGAAACCCAAGGAGCUGGCGCGCACCGUUUCGAAGGGAAUUACCGCUCAAUUGGAUAUUAUCGGAGGCAAGCUGGUGGGUCUCUAGAGAAGAAGAAGGAGUAUUGAGGGUUACAACCUCAAAAAUGAAAACAUCUUUAUAUUUUAUAUAUUUCUUUAAAUUUUUUAUU